UGAUGAAAUUUUAAAAUUUUUACACCGUUGUUUGAGACUUCAAGCUCAAAAACACCACAUAUUCAAGAGAUGUUAGUAGAGGAAAAAACUGAGAUAAAGAAUGAUGACUUUUUGACAAGAUGUCUUCGCAAUUAACUGGUUCGGAUGUGGUUGUAGUUGAUGAUGGAAGACGAAGUGAGAGACUUUUGAAGGAAAGAUGCCGUGACACCAUGUCUGAUUCUGAUGGAGAAAAUUUUGAAAAUGAAGAAGUCAUUUGGUCCAAGGGUGAUGAGUGCUUGGCCUAUUACAGUGGUGAUGAUAUCUACUACGAAGCCCGCAUAGUACAACUUAUCAGGGAGGGUGGUGCUAUCAGCGCUUUCGUGAAGUACAAUGGUUAUGACUCUGAUGAAAAUGAACAGCUGGCUUUGUCACAGAUCAGGAGACGUCCCAGAAAGCGGCGACCGAGGGAGAGACAAGAUGCUGUUUCACCACAUAAUGACAGUCAAUUCUCUCAUUCAACAAGUUCUAGCAUGUUCAGCCCUCUCUCAGGGAAGGAAAGAGAGAGACAAUUAAGCGCUAAAUAUUCAAGGCAAGAAUAUGAAGAAGAUGAUGAGGAGGUGCUAUCUAAAAUAUCUGAACGAUUGGAAAAGCGUGCCUGCGAGCAGUCCAAAGUGAGCCAAAGAAAGCGAACCAAAGCUGCUGUAGCCAUUGGUGGUGAAGAGAAACAAACUGGGAGUGAUAAAGGACCUGUUAGAAAACUAUCGUCUUCUAGUCCUAGGGUCCCUAGUCCAAAGAUUGACAUCAGCCAAACAUCGAAAAAGGACAUGGAGGACAACAGAAAUCUGAGUCAUCUGAAUAAGUCUGGUUUUGAUAUGGAUGGGUUCGAUGACGGCGACAUGGAAAAGCCUCACUUCAGUCACGUGCCAUCGCAUCUGAAAGUUCCUCUAGUCCUCUGCAAAUCUCCACUGAUUCAGGUUCCAGCCACACUGAACCAAUACCUUCGAGACUAUCAGAGAGAGGGUGUGCAGUUCCUCUACUCACACUACAAGGAAGGCCAUGGUGCCAUUCUUGGUGAUGACAUGGGUUAAGGGAAGACUGUGCAGGUGAUUGCCUUUCUUUCGGCUCUCCUCAAGAAAACAGGGACAAGAGAGGACUUACUCAGAAUGAAACCGAAGUUUAUCAGACAGAUGUCUGACACCACCAAGGAUUUUGAAGACACAACUAUCCCAGCAUUCCUGAUUGUGUGCCCAGGUUCUGUGCUCUACAACUGGGCAGAUGAGCUAGAAACAUGGGGUCAUUUCAGAUUUGGUUGUUACCAUCUGACAGCCAAGGAGAAAACACUAGCAAGUGUAAGGAAAGGUAAACUGGAAAUAGCACUGACUACGUUUGAUACAUUCAGGGAAAACUUUGAAGAGCUGAAUACUUAUGACUGGAAUGCUGUUGUAGUGGAUGAAGCACAUAAGAUUAAGGGUUUGAAAGCUCAGGUGACAGAAGCGUUGAGAAGCAUCCGCACAAAAUGUCGCUACGGUCUCACAGGGACAGCCCUUCAGAACAACAUGACAGAACUCUGGGCAAUCCUUGACUGGGCUAAUCCUAAUUGUCUGGGGACGUAUUCGUCAUUUUCCUUCCAUUACAUCAAGAAGAUAGAACGAGGACAGAAACAAGAUGCAACCAAAAGAGAAUUGGCAGAGGCAAGGAAAUCGAAAGAGAAAUUCUCAAGGCUUCGUGCCAAGUGGAUGCUCAGAAGGACGAAGGAUCUGUUAGCUGGUCAGAUCCCUAAAAAAGACGAUAAAGUUGUGUAUUGUAAACUCCCCGAGUUCCAAGCGACGGUGUACGAGGCAGUACUCGACCAUGAUGACGUCAAGCUCAUUCUCUCCAAGCAUAAACCCUGUCCUUGUGGGAGUGGGAACAGUAGGGGCACGUGUUGUCACAAGAAAAACAAGCUUGGUUUUUCAAUGAGAUCGCUGACAUUUUCCUACAUGCAUCUCCUGCUGAAAACAGCCAACCACGUCGCCCUUUUGAUCCCCGAGAAAACGACAAGUGAACGACAACAAUUAGCGGCUGAAGAAAUCUGUGAAGUGGCGUUUGCUCGAUUCCCCGAGUUUGUCAAUCAAGCGAGGGAGGCUUCCUUUAGGACGCUCUCUGAUCCUAAAUACUGUGGGAAGAUGAAGGUUUUGCAAGGGAUGCUGUCUGUCUUCAAAAAGGAACGAUCCAAGGUCUUGCUUUUCUCCUAUUCAACAAAGCUUCUGGACAUCUUGGAGCAGUAUGUUUUGACGAAAGGCUACGAGUUUAGGAGGCUGGAUGGCAAAGUCAAUGAGAAGAAAAGGCAUGAAGCUGUGAGAGAGUUCAAUCGGGACCCGGAUAUAUUCCUGUUUCUGAUCUCGACAAAGGCUGGUAGUCUUGGCCUGAACCUGACUGGAGCAAAUGUGGUCGUGAUAUUUGAUCCGAAUUGGAAUCCAACCCAUGAUCUACAGGCACAAGAUCGAGCGUACCGUAUUGGUCAGAGACGAGAUGUCCGUGUUUUUCGUCUGAUAUCGACUGGCACCAUUGAAGAGAAUAUAUAUCUCAGGCAGAUAUACAAACAGCAACUUGACAAUGUCGCUGUCGGCACAGAGAAUGCCAGGCGUUAUUUUGAUGCGGUGCAAGGCGACAAACGGCAGCAAGGGGAACUGUUUGGAAUUGAGAACAUGUUCUCGAUGCGAUUGGGAGAGACCUGCUUGACACAUGAUAUAUUUGAGAGAAAUAAGAAGAUUGAAACAGCUCUCGGUGGUGUUCAGAUGUCUGACUACAGUGCUCCAUCAGAGGGCAAAUCUCGCUCCACAAUUGUGAAGGCAGAAGAUGGCAAGGAAGCUUCAGAUGAUGAAAUAUCUCUUACACCAGAAUCUGAUCUUGACAUUACCUUUGGGAGCGAAAAUGAGGACGAGGAAGGAAACGACUCGGCAAACGAAUCGCCCAAUUCAGACCAGGAUGAUAGAUUGUCGCAGUUUACGCCUCAGGGUGCUGUAGAAUGUGAAGACGAUACUCGGACGUCUACUGAACUCAGUGACAGAAAUAUUACUCAGGAUGACGAUUCAAACAUUUUAGACAGUUUGUUUGACUUUUUUGAGCCAGUUAAGAGAAAACCACGGCCUAAGAUGAAGAAAUCUGACGGCCCUGUGAAAAAAAAUGUGAAGAAGCAAGGAAGGUCUGGUGCUGACUUUAAUGCUGAUGGUGAAAAUGUUAAGGCACUCGAGGAAACGGAAGGUUCAAAUGUCAAAGUGAAAAGAAAACAAGUACGUCCAACUGCAAAGGUGAAAGCAGACUCUCCGGUGAAAGGUGAUGGGAUGAACGAAACAAGUCCUUGUGAUGUUUUUAACUCUUUUUGGGAAAAUUCUGAAGAAUUUGGUGAAAUUGACAACUCAAAGGUGAAGUCAAAGGUAAAAAGAAAGAAUGUAAAUUCAACUGCUGAUGGAAAAAGGACUGAAAAGUUUUCAUUCUUUCCUGAGAAAAGUGAAGGAAUUAAGAAAGUGAAUAAAGAAAAGUAUUCAAGGACUAAUGUUGACGAGAUUGAAGACCUUGAUUCGUUGAUGAGAGAGUUUGAUGCAGCCAUAGAAACCUCAAAGAAUGUAAAUUCUCCAAAAGUGCCAAAGGCAAAAAAGAAGUCCGGAAAGGGUAACUCUGAGCCAAAGCCUUCCACAUCUGGAGUAAAUGACAGUAACAGAAAAAAGAGACAGUUAGCUGAAUCAAGUGAUGAUGACACUCGGUUUGAAACUGGCGCAUCUCCAGCCAAAUCAGGGAAAUUUACACGAUUAAAGACAUCGCCUGAUGAGGAAUUGGACAGUGGUUUCUGUGAUAGUCGCAAGGGCAAAGGUGUAGGGAAGAAAUCUAAGCCAAAAGAAGGUGAUAUUGAUGCUAUACGUAAUGAUAAAGAGCAACAAGGAAGUUUCAAGGAGCCUGGUGAGACGUUGAAGAGGAAAAGUUCAGCUUCUGAUAUAAAUGGGAGUUUUUCUUCUAUUUCUGAUGUAUUCAGUAGAUGUGGUGUGGUCCACAUACACGAAAACAAGAAGGUGAUUGGUGCCAGUAAAGCUGAGGACCACAUGAGUCGAUGUGCUAUCCAGGAUGUGUUUGAGCUGAAGCAGCACUCUCAGGUGCCGGCCGUGGAGUGUGACCCUAUUUCAGAGCCUGAAGAAGUGGAGGAGCCUGAGCCAGAGCUCAAAAAGAGGAAACCAUCCAAGCCGAGCUGUCGGCAGCUCGCUAAGGAGAAGCCGACACCAGUCCAAACAGUCACUGUGGGCAAUAAGAAAGUGUUCAUUGGCCAGACACCGAAAGCUAUACAGAGGUUGCAUUUCUCCAAAAUGGCCAAACAUAACAAGAUGUCAGAGGUGGAAUUUGCCAGGAGAGUUGUGUCUUCAUCAUCAGUGGAACAACAAAGACUCUUAAGAGGGUUUUACAUAGAUGAGGAUUCAGAUCUGACAGAUGUCAUCAAAGAUCCUGAUGAGCUCAUUGAAAAAGUGCCAGAAAACAAACCGACUCGAAAAGCUGUCAAAAAAGGACCAAAGGUGAAGCCAAAACAAGAGGCGACGAAAAGGAAAUCAGCGCCACCUAAGCGCAAAGGCUGUGUUUACAAUGAUAGCGAUGGUGAUGAUGCAGAGAUGGCGACGAGUACUCAUAAACAGCAUGGUAUGACCAAACAACUAACUGAAAAGGGCAGAAAGCGUGAUGAUAGAAAGUGGAAUGCAUUUCAAGAUGCUUGUGAAGACUUUAUCACUUAUGAUAACGAUAAAGAGGUCUGGGGUGAAAAUGGUUCAGAUUCUGUGACUAGAAGAGAUAGAGGCAACAUGCAACCAUUACAAAAUCAAUCAAAACAACAUGUCAAAAGGAAAGUUUGUAAAAGGUUUAAAUAUGUUGUAUCAAGUGAUGAGGAUGACGGUGCAGCUGAUAAUGAUGCUACAACUGAAAGAGUUUUGGCUUCUCCGUCGGCAGACAACUCGACAACUUUGCCUGCUGGGCUGGUUUCUCCUGCGGCUGCUUCUUUGCUUGACGAUUUGUUCACUGCUCCGCCGAAGAGGAAAGCACCGCCUAAAAGAAAGGCUGCUGACAAGCUGUCUGAGCCGUCGAGUAUUUUUGAUUUAUUCUAAAAGUUUGUUGAAGUUUUGUGUGAAAAUGAGCCAAGAAACUUACAAUGCAUCUGGUGGAUUUUGGGAAAAUGUGAAGGGAUGAUGGUUCAGAGAUAGAAGCCUGAAUGGACACAUUUUCUUGGCUUUUUUUAGGCAUGUUGAUUAUCAAAAGUGGAUAGAGAUGAACUAUUAAAGUGAAUGAUAUAUUUUUC